AUGAAGCUGACUGACGAGUCCCUGAGGAGUUUCCGGGUAGCCAAGGUAUUCCAGGAGAACUCAGACAAGAUCAAUUGCUUUGACUUUAGUCCCAAUGGCCAGGCAAUCAUCUCUAGCAGUGACGAUGACUCCAUUGUCCUAUAUGACUGUGGAGAGGGCCGACCCAAGAGAACUCUGUACAGCAAGAAGUAUGGAGUAGAUCUUGUCAGAUACACUCAUGCCAUUGAUACUGCUUUGUGCAGCUCCAACAAAAUAGAUGACACUAUCCGUUACCUGUCAUUGAAAUACAAUAAAUACAUCCGAUACUUUCCUGGGCAUGACAAGAAGGUAGUAGCCUUGUCUAUGUCACCAGCUGAUGAGACAUUUAUCUCGGCAUCUUUGGAUAAAACCAUUCGACUUUGGGAUCUCCGAGUCCCUAACUGUCAGGGCCUAAUGUAUCUUCAGGGAAAACCAAUUUGUGCUUUUGACCCAGAAGGAAUCAUUUUUGCUGCUGGGGUAAAUUCUGAAAUUGUGAAACUGUACGAUCUUCGAGCUUUUGAUAAGGGGCCAUUUGCAAACUUCCAGAUACAACAGGACAAGACCUGUGAGUGGACAGGUUUAAAGUUCAGCAAUGAUGGCAAACGCAUUCUCAUAUCUACCAAUGGCAGCUUUAUCCAUCUGAUUGAUUCAUUUAGGGGAGUAGUGAUACAUUCCUUCAGAGGAUAUAACAACAGCAAAGCUGUUGCUUUGGAGUCCUCUUUCACUCCAGAUUCUCAGUUUAUCAUGACUGGCUCUGAUAAUGGCAAGAUUCAUGUUUGGAAUGGAGAAAGUGGAGUAAAGGUGGCUGUGUUAAAUGGGAGGCAUACUGGUCCCAUAACCUGUUUGCAAUUCAACCCCAAAUUCAUGACCUUUGCCAGUACCUGUUCCAACAUGGUGUUCUGGCUGCCCACCAUUGAUGACUCAUAA